GUGAUGCCUUGUACUGCAGAUCAUCUCCAGUUAUCCUUGUUGGUUCACAUCCAGACUCUCCAAGAUGUCUUUCACCUCCAGAUCCUACACUUCAAAAUCCGUCGGCCAGAAGACCAUGAGUGUCUACGGUGGUGCAGGAGGUCAUGGCACCCGCAUCUCCACAGCCCAGACUGGCUACUCAUCCAAUGCAGGAGGCUACAACAUCUCUGAUUACCAUGACCUCAAGGUUGAUGCCAACGAGAAGUUUGCGCUUCAGAACCUGAACGAGCGUCUGGCCUCCUACCUUCAGAAGGUUCAUUCAAUGGAGAAAGAGAACGACCGCCUGGAAAAGCAGAUCAAAGAGUGGUACACGGGCAAAACUGUGAUCACCCAUGAUUACACUGCCUACUUUGCCACCAUCGCUGACCUGCAGGAUAAGAUCCGAGUUGCCUCCACUGUCAACGCUAAGCUCUACUUGGACAUUGACAAUUCAAAACUGGCUGCUGAGGACUUUAAAAUGAAGUAUGAGAACGAGCUAAGCAUGAAACAGGCUGUAGAGGUUGACAUUGCUGGACUGAGGAAGAUGUUGGAUGAUUUCAACCUGCACAGAAUGGAUCUGGAGAGUACGUACGAGUCCCUGAAGGAUGAGCGCAUCAUGUUGCAGAAGAACCAUGAAGAGGAAAUGGGCAUGAUGAGGACUCAGAUGAGUGGCCAAGUAAAUGUGGAGGUAGAUGCUCCUGCCCCUGUAGACCUGGGCCGUAUCAUGGCGGAGCUCAGGGAGCACUAUGAGGCUCUUAUUGCCAAGAACCGCAGGGAAGUCGAGCUGUGGUUUCAGAACAAGAGUACAGUGGUGACAAAGGACGUGGAAGUAAACUCAACCAGUCUGGAUGCAGCCCGCCUUGAACUAAAAGAAGUGAAGAGCACCCUGCAGAGACUUCAGAUUGACCUGCAGUCCCAAAUGAGUAUGAAAUCCUCUCUGGAAGCAACUCUGCAGGAGACUCAGCAACGCUUUGUUAUAAAACUAACAGAACUCCAGGCCUUCGUCUUAAAUCUGGAAGCUGAGCUGUCAAGUCUCAGCGUUAAUAUGAAUGAAAUGAAACUCAAGUACGACUCGCUGCUCGACCUCAAGACCCGUCUGGAGGCAGAGAUUGCAGAGUACAGGAGGCUGCUUGAAGGGGAGGCUGAAAGUGGCAGCUCAAAAAAAGUGAUUACGAAGACUAUCGUGGUACACGAGACAUAUGUGGAUGGAAAAAAGGUUGAGAUCUCCGAGAGUGUUGAUGUGAAUCAAAAGUAAAAAAAAAAAAGGGAGAGAAGCCGAGCAAUUCAAUAAAGAUCCUGCAACUGAAUCAACGUUUCAUGUGUAUUUGUUAAACACAGAAAAAAUAAACAACAUGGCAGAACCA